UUCGCGACACAAACUCAUGCAGAAACCCAAUGCCCCAUGGGGACAUGCCCUGGUCAUCCUUGCAGAUACACGCGGGGAUGACAUCGACAGCGCCCAGCUCCAGCAGCUGCACCAUCUGUGGAUUUGCCAUCUCCAUUGCAUUUUCUUCUGCUGCUGCCAGCCGAUAUGCUGUGAGAAAAGUACACAGCCACACGAGACUCUCCACCGGCAUGCGCAAAAGCUCAAGCUCAGACACUGACUGGCGUGCGACACUGAGCAAUGCAGACAGAAAUACCAGGUCGAUUAUCCGCCGGUGGUACUCGGUACGCAGCGCAAACUGCUUUACCAUGGCUGCACAUACCAACACAAUCACAGAGUCUGACUGCUGCCUCUGCUUGCUGCUGCCUCAAGCCGAGCUGUUGGCUGACUGCAUAAGUGUUUUGCUGAGCACCUCAAGCAGCCUGCCGCCAGCUUCCUGCUGCAUGUGCCGUCAGCCCAAACUACCCUGCCAUCCCACUGCAGUGUCAUUAGCAGCACAUGCAGCAACACAACUGUCCUCAACCAGUCCCCCCUCUGCUGCUGAAUUGCCCUGAUCCUGCACAACUAUCAGCUGCAGCACCUCUCACCGCAUAGCCGUAUCGAGCAGCAGCUCAGACACAGUAUCCAGCAGCUUAAAGUUUUCUGAAUUCAGCGCCAAUUAUCCCAAGGAAUUAACCAUUUCGGGCAUCUGAAUGUCCAAUUCUGCCUCAUUGUCCGCACUCCCUUUUGGGAUUAUUGGUCCUGGAAUAUCAGGCGUGUCGCUAUUGCUGUCUUUGGC